AUGGAUAAUUUCGGCUUUGGAGGAGUCGAGCUCAGCAAAGGACAAAUGUUCCAAGUGCUGAUACGUCUUUCGGUAGCUUCGCUGAUAACGUUUUAUUCGGUGAAAUGGAUGAUGAACCAGAUGGACCCGACUAGUAAAAACAAGAAAAAAGCCAAAAUCCUGGCUGAAGAGCAGUUGAAGAGGCUGGCCGAGAAAGAUGGCUUCAAGCUGAAUGCGCAGGAAUUUAACGACUAUGAGCUGAUGAUUGCGUCACAUCUUGUUGUACCGGCCGAUAUAACAGUCAGUUGGUCAGAUAUAGCCGGACUAGAUAGUGUCAUUCAGGAGCUCCGGGAAUCGGUGGUUCUGCCGGUCCAGCACAAAGAUCUCUUCAAGCGCUCGAAGCUUUGGCAGGCGCCGAAAGGCGUGCUUCUGCACGGGCCUCCGGGUUGCGGGAAAACACUGAUAGCGAAGGCGACGGCAAAGGAGGCGGGAAUGCGCUUUAUCAACUUGGACGUCGCCAUUCUGACCGACAAGUGGUACGGGGAAUCCCAGAAAUUGACAUCGGCCGUGUUUUCACUGGCUGCAAAAAUCGAACCAUGCAUUAUAUUCAUUGACGAAAUUGAUUCCUUCCUGCGAUCCCGCAACUUGAACGACCACGAGGCCACCGCCAUGAUGAAGACCCAGUUUAUGAUGCUGUGGGAUGGUCUCAGCACAAACUCCAACUCGACGGUGAUUGUAAUGGGCGCCACAAACAGACCUCAGGACCUGGACAAGGCCAUUGUCCGCCGGAUGCCAGCUCAGUUCCACAUUGGCCUUCCUACCGAGACUCAGCGAAACGACAUCCUUAAACUGAUAUUGCAGUCGGAGGAAAUAAACCAAGAUGUCGACCUGAAUCGGUUGGCCAAGCUUACAAAUGGCUUCUCCGGCUCUGACCUUCGGGAAAUGUGCCGGAAUGCAUCAGUUUACAGGAUGAGGCAGCUCAUCACGUCUAGUGACCCAUCGGGUGCAGCUCUCGAUCGAAAUAACGUCAGCAUCAAUAUGGAUGAUUUGCUAGGCUCACACUUAAAAAUUAAGGAGUCCAAGAUGCACACGGGAAGUCUAUUUUUAGAGAAUAGAAUCGAGUUAGACUAAGUUCCAUUGUUGUUUAAUUCAUUUUUUCAAUAUAUCAAAAAACUUAAAUAGA